AUGAUCCACGCCCGGCGUGCUGUCGUCUGCCUUGCACUGGGGACCCUCGUUGGUCUCCUGGUCUACUAUCGCUCGGCCAGUGCUUCCAUUACUGUCGAGUCCUUACGCAGCACCGUCCCUCAGGUCGUUGGGCUUGGUGACUAUUUCAAUGCAGGGGAGAAUGAUGCCCACCCAGGGAAUGGGGCAACCUCGCAGCCAGUGUAUCCCUAUGCCUCGAGACCUCCGGCGGAUGCAAGACCGUCCGAGUCCGUAGGCUCGGUGAUUCCGACCAGCGAACCCCCCGGGGCGAACUACACCCGCAGCCUUGUCAUGGCCCGGACCAAGAAGGAGAAUGUUGACUGGCUGGAGGAAGUCGACCUGGGUCCGGAGAUCACUCAGCUGGUCUAUGUCGCCGAUGAUCCAACUGCUCCCUUGCACACGCCCAAGAACAAAGGCCACGAAGUCAUGGUUUAUUUGACGUACAUUAUCGACCACUAUGACGAUCUACCCGAUGUCAGUAUCUUCAUGCACGCACAUCGCUAUACCUGGCACAACGACGAUCUGUUGAAUUUCGACGCCGCUGAAAUGAUCAAACGCCUGAGCAGUGAGCGAGUCCAGAGACAGGGCUACAUGAAUCUGCGAUGCCACUGGAUGCCUGGAUGCCCCGAAUGGAUCCAUCCUGGGCAGAUUGAAGAAGAUCGCGAAAAACUCGAGCAAUCCCUGAUGGCGGACGCCUGGGCUGAGCUGUUCCCCCUCAAACCCAUCCCGACUGUCCUCGCUCAGCCGUGCUGUUCCCAGUUUGCCCUGAGUCGAUCAAGAAUCCGAGAGCUGCCACGCGAGAGGUACUUGCAUCUUCGAGAUUGGUUGUUGAGAUCUCAGAUUAGGGAUACAAUGAGUGGUAGAAUCUUCGAGUAUCUCUGGCAAGUCAUUUUCACCGGAGAGAGCUCCUUCUGCCCCAACCAGCGCACAUGCUACUGCGAUGGGUUUGGCGUGUGUUUUGAAUCCGACGAAACCUUCGACAAAUGGUUUGAAAUCAGGUACAACAUGAGAAACGCCGAGAAAGAGCUUCGCGAAUGGGAGGACAAGGCCAAGGAGAUUGAGAAGUAUCGGAAAGAUGGCAAAUUACAGGGGAUCGAAGCAGGAGACCUCCAAGUCCCAGAGUUCGGGAAGAAAGAGGAACUGGCCACCCUUAUUCGAGACCUGGGGGCAGACCUGGAGUACAGAAGACUAGAAGCCAUCCAGCGAGGAAUCGAUGCCAAAAUACGAGCUGAAAGUGAUGGACGGGCUUGGAAAGAGGGCGACGGCUUUUGA